CACCCCUACCUGUUGUUGCUAUGCUGGUAAGUUUCUAAUGUAGUCCUGAUCUUUGCCUUUAAGGGGUGUAUGAUAUGGCUUGUUCUGACCUUAUUCCUCGCUUCCUCUCAGCUGAUAUCGAGGAGUGGGAGACAGCCAUUCAGGACUAUCUUUCUUCACUCCACUACAUGAAAUGAGCUUUUCUUCACCAGGGGACUGAGUCUCAUUUUGCCCUUAAAGAUUUGUACUGUCCUUUGUUUACAGCAUCAAGGAUUUGCAUAAAUGCUAGUCUUUAAAGUUAUUCGUUUUGAUAUUUAUUUAUAAAAGAUGGAAGAAUGCAUAUUCAUUUAGAAGAAAGUCAAAACCGAUUCUGAGCUCUAUCAAGAGUAUGACAAAGGCUCUGUUAUGCUAUAAACAGGUUUCAGCAUUGCAUCACCCUGUCUCCAGUGACAGCAGCUCUUUUGUUCCAUGAUCGAUGUGGCAGUUUUGAACACUUCAGUAGCUUACGCAAUGACCCAGAGUGGAGGAAAAUAUGAUUUCUAUAUUGGUCUCGUGUUGGCUAUGAGCUCCAGCAUUUUCAUUGGAGGGAGUUUCAUCCUAAAAAAGAAGGGUCUCCUCCGGCUGGCCAGGAAGGGCUCCAUGAGAGCAGGUCAAGGCGGUCAUGCAUAUCUUAAAGAGUGGCUGUGGUGGGCUGGACUUCUGUCAAUGGGAGCUGGUGAAGUAGCUAACUUUGCUGCUUAUGCAUUUGCACCAGCUACAUUAGUGACUCCAUUGGGAGCUCUCAGUGUUCUUGUAAGUGCCAUUCUUUCAUCCUAUUUUUUAAAUGAAAAACUUAAUCUGCAUGGAAAAAUUGGAUGUUUAUUAAGUAUAUUGGGGUCAACUGUGAUGGUCAUUCAUGCUCCACAAGAAGAGGAAGUAGAAACUUUGAAUGAAAUGUCUCACAAGCUAGGAGAUCCAGGUUUUGUGGUUUUUGCAACAGCUGUCGUCAUUGUGUCCUUAAUACUGAUAUUUGUGGUAGGACCUCGCCAUGGACAGACCAACAUUCUUGUGUACAUAACAAUCUGCUCUGUAAUUGGAGCAUUGUCAGUCUCCUGCGUGAAAGGCUUGGGCAUCACUAUCAAGGAACUUAUUGCAGGAAAACCUGUGCUAAAACAUCCUUUGUCCUGGAUUCUGCUGCUAAGUCUUAUAAUCUGUGUGAGCACACAGAUCAACUAUUUAAACAGAGCCCUGGAUAUAUUCAACACCUCCAUAGUGACUCCAAUAUAUUAUGUAUUCUUUACAACAUCUGUUUUAACUUGUUCUGCUAUUCUUUUCAAAGAGUGGCAACACAUGUCUGCUGCUGACAUUAUUGGCACCUUCAGUGGUUUUCUCACUAUCAUUGUGGGGAUCUUUUUAUUGCAUGCCUUUAAAGAUGUAAAUUUCACUCUAGCAAAUCUGCCUGUCUCCUUGCGGAAAGAUGACCGAGCAAUCAAUGGCACUCUGCCAACCACAUAUGAAUGCUUUAAUCAUGAUGAAGAAAGCUCAACCUCUGUAGGUGAAAUACAAUCCAGUGAGAAUGUCCCAUCCAGGAGAAAUGGAAGUCUGGCAGCAUUCUGAAAAUGUGUUAAGACAAGAACAAUUUCGUAACUUUUUUUUUUGGCUGUAAAAUGUCUGAGUUUGAGUUUGGAAGCAGAUGAUGUACUUGAACAAUAUGUACAGACAAUCGUAAAUUUUUAGGUUUGAUUAGUUUGGACCAAGAAUAGUGAUGGAGUUUUAAUUUGCCUUCUUUUUACUUUAAAAAGACACACUGCAAUGACCUCAGUACAUGGUUUGUUUUUGUUGCUCUUAAGUUAUCUGUGUAAACUUGUAAAUAUUUUCCAUUUUAGAGACUUAUUGCACUAAUAACAAUUUUAACUAUAUCAAAAAUAAAUUGCUUUAAUUUUGCAUUGGUGGUAAGCACAUUGACAUGAACCUGAAUCUUUUGCAUAAUGAAUAUUCACCAUGUCUGUUUCAGCAUAUGGAAGAGUAAGACUAUUAAUCUGGAAUGCACUGAAAGGUGUAGGGAGCAAUUUACAGCAGCUGUCACUAAAGUGGCUAAUUACAGCACUUGUGGGAAACACAUAACUAAACUAGUUAAACUGACUACUAUUGAAGCAUUAGUAAACU